UCCGGGGAGAGCGGAUAUAGUGAAUGCAGGGUCCGGGGAGAGCGGAUAUAGUGAAUGCAGGUCCGGGGAGACCGGAUAUAGUGAAUGCAGGGUCCGGGGAGAGCGGAUAUAGUGAAUGCAGGGUCCAGGGAGAGCGGAUAUAGUGAAUGCAGGGUCCGGGGAGAGCGGAUAUAGUGAAUGCAGGGUCCGGGGCGGAUAUAGUGAAUGGGUCCCGGGAGAGCGGAUAUAUAUAGUGAAUGCAGGAUAUAGUGAAUGCAGGGUCCCGGGUGAAUGCAGGGUCCGAGACCGGAUAUAAUAUAGUGAAUGCAAGGUCCGGGG